UGGACGUGGGUUGGGUGGAGCCUUGUUACCUGUGCAGAACAACACACGGGGAAAGAGUGCACCUGUUCCCGCUCCCAGGGCUGCCUUUUUUCCUGGACGAGCUCGAGGGGAAGCUCGCCAUGGAUGCCAAGGAGGCCGGCGGGGCUGAGAAGAACAAAGAGAAGGUGAUCAAGCGCAGGAACCGACCUGUGUUCUUGCGCUACCUGGAGAGGAGGAAGACUGACAGCAUCGUGGCCAGUGACACUUGCAACGGUGACAUCAACCUAGGGACGCUGGUGAGGCGCAGUCAGUCUGACAAGACAGAGUACAGCGCCAAACUUAAAGAAAAAAUGGCACCACACGACUUGUCCACCCCUACCUCACCAGCGCUGGAUCCAGAGGAGGUCCGUUUGAGGAAGAUGAACCGCAGAGCAAAAGUCAUCCAAGAGCUGAUGCAGACUGAAAAAGACUACCUCACUGAACUGGAGUUGUGCAUCCGGGAGGUCGUGCUGCCUCUGAGAAACGUACGGGUUGUCGAUGUGGAUCGUAUGUUCACCAACAUGGAGACGGUGUGCGAGGUAUCAGCCGCACUCCUAAACAGACUUCAGGAAGCCAUGUCUGACCCAGAUCCCGAGGCUGUCGUUAUAGGAGAAGUAUUCAUCCAGGCAACGGCAGCUUUAGAGGAUGUGUAUAAGAUUUACUGUUACCAUCACGACGACGCCAACAUGUCGCUGGAAUCCUACGACAAAGAGGAAGGAAUAAAGCAACAUUUCACCAUGUGUGUAUUAGCAAUGAAAUGGCGCAAUGAAGCCUUUAAGGAAAAACACACUGCCAACAGUCAAGCAUGGCAGAGGAUCCAUAAUGCUGUGGGGCUGCUUUGUUACAUCUGGAAACUCUACGACCAAGCAGGGAAGCCCAACCUGCUGGACAUGGGCUCCCUCCUCAUAAAGCCAGUCCAGAGAAUCAUGAAGUACCCUCUGCUGCUGGGCGAGCUGUGGCAGGCCACCCCCGAAGACCACCCCGAUUUCCAGCCUCUGCAGGAAGCCUUCACCGCCGCAAAGAUCAUAAACAUCAACAUCAAUGAGUUUAAGAGACGUAAGGACAUAGUGAUGAAGUACAAGAAUUCAGAGGACGAAGGAACUCUGCGUAAACUUCAUAAGUUCAACAUCCACUCCAUUAGGAAGAAAGGUGACAGGUUCGCAGGUUAUCUCAAGAUCCUCACAGGAGUUGAACCACAGGUGAGAGAUGAAGUGUUCGACAGAGAGGAAAAGCUGUUCAGGACCCUGGAGAAAGCGAUUAGGCAGCUGGUCAAGAAUGUCCAUAGUUACCUGCAAUACACUCAGGAGAUGGUGUCUGUCGCUGUUAACAAUAUCCACGAAAUGGAGUGCAUAAUUAAGGAGCCAAAUGGCUCAUCGCACACUAAAGGCGAUGACCCUUAUGAGCACUAUAAAGAUAACAUGGAGCAACUGGUCCUGGCCCCACUCUCAUCUCUUCAGGGCAUGUUCACUGCACCCCAGAAGCUCAUCCAGAAACGUUAUGACAAACUGCUGGAUUACUGCAGCCGCCUGGAGCGCUCGUCUUUUUCUUCCUCGUCCUCGCCAGCCGCCUCUUCCUCCACCCCGUGCCUGGUAUCCCUAGACCCGCCCGGUCCUGCCAGGAGGGACUACGAGGCACUCAACGCUUUGCUCGUGGAGGAGUUGCAGCAGUUCAACAUAGCGGCCUAUGCCAUCCUCACCAAUUGUGCGGUGGAUGUCGUGGCCUUGCUCAGAGGCCUGAUGGAGGAAAUAUUGCAUAGUGCUCCCUCCAUACAGCAGCUACCAGCUCCAUUGUCUAACAUCGCUGAGGUGCAAAACAGCAUCAUGGAUGAGCUGAACAAUUUGGCGUUUGUCAAAGAGAAUGCACAGAAACUAAUGGAGCGGAAAGUCAGCUUCGAAAGGCAACGAGACAAGAAAAUAGCGGCGCCGGAGGUGGAGCAUCAGACGGAGGAGCAACGCGCCCGACUGCUGGCCGAAUAUCCCCAGAGUCGUCUGUACCAGUUGAAGAGGAAGUGCAACGGCUGCCAGGAGCAGGACCUCAGCCUGCUGGAGGGAGAGCUGGUGGUCCUGCUGGAGGACACCGACCCGCUGGGCAGCAGCAGCCGCUGGCUGGUUCACACCGGAGGUGUGCAGGGAUACGUGUAUUCCACGUUCUUGAAGCAAUACAACCCUCUGAGGGACUCGCAGCGGGGAGGCCAGUCAGCCAAACAGCAGCAACAACAACAACAGCAGCCGCCCGCCAUGGCCGACGAGGACUUUGACAACCUGAGCCUUUUCGUGUCAGGCAGUGGCAGCAGCACCCUGCGGAGCUUCAGUCUCAACACCACCGACAGCUGCUCCAUCCUUUCGGGCCUUCAGGGCGAACUAGACACACCGGACGACUUGGAGGCUUCGUUUGACACAGACGCUCAGCAGUACUAUGCCGUAUAUGCAUUUCAAGCCCGUUGUGACCAGGAGCUGACCUUGCAGGAGUACCAGCAUGUACGCAUCUUGCAGUUCAAUGACUUGGGCGGUAAUAAGGAAUGGUGGCUAGCGGAGGCUGAUGGCCAGAGGGGAUAUGUCCCAGCCAACUACCUUGGCAGGAUGUCCUAUGCAUAAUUUUAUUUUAUUUUUUUAAAUCCCGACAUCAAACCAACCUGCGGUGUUUUAAACUAUACUUGUUACACUGACUGUUUAAACUGAAUGUCAAAUUUGUGCUUUGUGAAAACAAAACUGUGGAUCUUGUCAUAUUGACAGCAUGACCAAAUGAAGAACAUGCGAUUAAUUGUUAUCAUGCAAGCUGCUGUAUUGAGCACUUUUACUGUUUGUACGACAGUGUUGCCUUUAGAAGUCAUAUUUGUGAAGUCAAAUUUUAUAUGAACGGAUUUUGGAAUGUGUAUUGCUUGCACGUGAAAUUAUCUAUCAAAGAAGUUUAAUGUGAAGAAAAUACUCUAUGCGUCAUUAUUUUUCAUAACAUCAUUAUUAAACAUCCUCUA